GACUGCUCUACUUCAAGUCAGUACUUUUGCACGUGACAGCCCAUCAACUAUGUCUGGCAUCUAGUAGUAUCAACUAUCAUUCUGCUCCCUGCUGUCGUUGUCACGCUUUUGUACAGAUCUCCACUGCACUAUGACCAUGAUGACUAUGUAGCGCUCGUUCUUCCUUGUCGACAGUCCGUGGCGUUAUCAGCUGAGCUCCGCCGGAAGGAGCAAGGUGCGCGCUGAGGAUCACCUGUUUCCGCGCAAAGGACGCCCGUCGCCUUCGCAGAAGCGGAAAUGUGGACAAGAGACCCGAGGCUUACGCCGCUCUCCGAGGAGGAAGAAAGGUCAUCGUCCAUCUUCCGCCGUCCGUCAAAGAAAACACCCGUGCCACAUACACGAUGGCGCGGCGUUCUUCCGAAUUCUCCGCUGCUGACGGCAAGGUCAGCGCACGUGUCCGUCAACGACGGCGCGGCGUCUUUAUCUUCGCAACGCUCCCGGUGGCACACCAUCGACAGUUCGUCGCUGGCGUCGUCCAGCGGUUCCGACAGGUUGGCAUCUAGCAGUGUAUCGGCGAUGACGAAUAUAUCGACGCGAGCGGAGCACACAAAUCAGGUGGAUGAGGAACUAGUCAAUUGUGUGAAUGACGCACUUCGCCAUCCUGUCGCUCUCAUGGACAUGUGCGUACCUGGAUACAGCCUCGGAUUUGCCAUGCGCAAGGCAAUGAGUAAGGACCAAAUGCUGAGGAGGAUGCUACUGCCGCAGUCGCAGACUAAGUUGGCAUCUUGUUCUGCAGUAGUGCGAGUGGAGGUACAACACCUAACAGAAUGCAAUGUAGCACUUGAUAAUGCCCGCGUGUACUGCCUGGUCAGUGUUGGUCCCACACGAACUGCGGCCGUGCCAUCCAAAGAGGAGACCGACGUACCGGACAACUACCGCAGGACAAUGGGUGCUACUAGAGUGAUGCAGUGUAGCACUCUUGCCGAUUCCAGCAAUGCCGUGUGGAAUGACAAAUUUGAAUUUCUACUGCCAUCAUCAGUAUCAGGCUUGGCUGCAAUGUCUCUCUAUUGCUACGUCUGGUGUGCCGGUAAAAGUACAAGUGAUAGCAAUGAGCAGUCUGAGCCACCAGUGUCCAAUCCUACUCAGUCACAAGUUAUCCAGACAAACAGGGCUUGUGAUGAGCCAAUCUGGAAUGAUGAUGUGCUCAUUGGUACUGCAUCUAUACCACUCUGGGAAUACGUACAAGCGACAAUGCCUGCCAGUCAGUGUGUUUCACUGCAUAACAACGGUAGUACUGUAUCAUCAUCACCGCCGCCAGUGAAUACGACUGCUACUGCAGACCACUCACCAUCGGCACAGUUGCCAGGAUCUGCACUGGGUACAGCAUGUGCAGCGUGUGAUGUUUCCGCCGGUAUACUAAGAGUGACAGUACAUGCUACGCCAUACCAGGAUGAUUCGCUGAGGGAGCAACAGCAGCAGUACCAUCAUCACAUACAGUCUCUGGUGGCUCUGGCGUGGAAGAAUGCGUUGCUCGCGUCACCAUCACAGCAUCAUGAUACUAGCACUGACGACGGCGUUAACAGCGGGCAAGAUGUUGAUCUGGAGAAUACGCUGGAGAUAAUAGAGGCAAGUUUGGAUGACGGACACGACUAUCUCAGCGGUGAUGGCCGCAGCACUCACCUCCACGGAUCACUGCACUUGGAUUCCAGUGUACGCCUGAUUCUGUCACAGUGCGCUCUCAAGUGGCAUGUCAAUGCUCUCCAACUCGCCGCCAUGCAUAUUCUAGCUGCUUGUGAGCUUUGUGAUGAUGGGGACCAUCAGCUACCAGCCAGUACGGUUUCCCAACUCAUCGACAAUCUUGUUUGCUUACUGGACGCAGAAACGGACGUAGACAGUUUGGAGCAAGUCUCCAGUGUAUCGGACUUUCACCUAGGCGUGGCAAUGAUUUACGAUACGUCAGUGACAUGGCUUGAGGAGAACAAGCAGCUGUUCCCACCGGAUAUUGGAUGCUCAUCGUUGGCGGCCAUUCCAGAUCAUGUGAUACUGAUGCAGUCUAUUGAUCGGUUACGACUGAAGACAGGUGUUAGCAAGGUCUCGUCACUGCUAAGUGACAUACAUACCGUUGUCAAUAAUUCCGUCGCUGUGUGGUAUGGCGGUGAUGAUGUUCUGUCGGAUGAUCUCAGCCAUGAGACGAAUGAAAUUCUCCUGGACCUGCUGGCUGACAUGCAAGAUGUCUGGCAUGAAGCACUGGAGAUAUGCAGCAAGCUACGCCAUGCUCAUCAGCACGCCACUGCUUUCUCUACUGUUGGCGUGAGCUACAACACAGCGGUGCUGCGCGCCAUGGUCAAAGAGAUGGAGCCUAACUUACAGUCAGUGGUGAAUGUCGUUACGACGCGGAUAACCAGAGUCAGGAGGAACUCAGUACCAGGGGCAUCGAUGGCACAGAGCACUGCCGCAGCACAGCGUAGUGAUAGUGGUGAUGAGCAGGCUCAGCAGAGCAUUGUGAAGACGUUGGAUUCCAUGGCACUACGCACCUUUCAUCUCUAUGUCACCGUGGAUCACUUCAGCAAGAAACUGUCGGCUCUCUUAGCUAAGAGUGGACUAAAACGACCAUUAUUGGACAGCCAUCACACGCUAUUCGCUGGCUGCAUCUCUGCAUGGAUCACUGCUGUAGAGAGAGAAGUUGAACAAAAGGUCGUCACCCUGGUCAAGGUGGAGCUGGACCGGGUGCGCACUGGCUACUUGAAGGAUUCCAUAGUGCAGGACGGAUUGUCACCGUCCGCUUUGGAGGCUGUUGACCUUGUUGAAGAGGUGAUGAAUAGUUAUUGGAGACCGUUGCAAGCUUGGCCACAGAUAGUCAUGGCCUACACAGCAUCAGUGGGGCUUUCAGAUGUGCUGACUGGAAUAUGCCGGCAGUAUACGAUACAGCUGCUGCUGGCGCUGAAGGAGUUGCGUUUCUUCACGGUGGACAAUAGUGGCAGUGUGGAUGUGACACUACAUGGCUGUGUUUUCCUUUGCAACAUUCAGCACGUGCUGAAGGCCGGUGUGGAGUUACAGCUGCUGGAGCGCGUUCAGCCGCUAGGGCAGCGUGGUGGCACUACUGCUGUUACACCCACACUAGCAAUCAGUGCGCCAUCGUUCUCAUCAUCUCUGCUAUCCGCGUCCUCGGGUCUAGCUGCUCAUGGUGGCGAGCAGUCGAGACAUGUUGGGUACGGUCGAGGCACUGCCGUCGAACCGUCUCACACCGACCUGGAUGCUCAGCUACGCAACGUUCUGGACCGCGUGCUCCUGUCACUACGCGACGAUCUCAACGUCAGGCUGAGAGCCACGUUUGCAGAAGCACUGGAAAGUAUCCGUUCAGUGUUUGACCGUGAUGUGACUGAGCUGGUCAAGGUCACUCACAAAUACACAAUUGAUCUGGCAGCACAGGUUGUUCAACCUCUACUUCUCCACAGCUCACAGCUUAUCUCUCAGUUAAUAUGUCGUAACGUUCCCCAGACGUACUUUGAUUGUUUUCUGGACAGCCUGUGGUCGCUAUGCACCAGCUGUGUACAUGGUGCAAUCAAGGCCAGGCUAGCUAAAGGAAUGUCUCGUGAUCACUGUCACCUAGCCUAUGAUGCCGUUAAGAUCCUGUAUGGUUUCUACGAGAGCUGCACGGAGCGGAUAUCCCUGAACACGCCGCAGUUCAAGGCAUUGAUGCGUGGCCUGGAGCUGGCGCAGUUCACCACUGAGCAGCUAAUACAGCACUACUACUACCUGGACUUGGAAGAACAGAACCAGGUGAACAAGAGUGAAGCAACGAUGGGCAAGUUUCAACUGCGAAUGUGCCUGGAAUAUCGCCGCAACAAGCUCACGCUGGCUGUGAACGUGAUGGACUGCUCUGGUGUCAACGUUCUCGACAAAGUCUCCGGCUCUGGAGAUGUAUGUCUACGAAUGGAGCUUUGCCCACGUCACAUGUUUGCUGACUCCGUAUCAGUUUUCUCCGCCAGGAUCAACAGCAAGUCUAAUCAGAAAUUCGACAUGAAAAUUGCAUUCCCUGUACCGGAGGGUCCCACGCCGUCCAUGCAGAACGGCGUGCUGCAUGUGACCUUGAUUCACCGCGAGUGGUUUGGUAUCUACGAGACGGCCAUAGCCCAGGCUGUAGUGCCGCUACACACCAUACAGCGACCAAUACCUGGUGGUCCAGAUCUUAUCCAGCCCAGUGACCGACCUGCAAUGGUGCACCUGAUGUGUCCCACAGCACAUCGAUGCGUUGUACAGGUUCUUCAAAAUCGUGCCAAGAGCGAGAAGCUGGCGCAGGACUUUAUGACUUGGCACACAAAGAAGAGUCCACGCGGCAAUGAUAGCAAGACGACCAGCAGCAGCAGCCGGAGCAGCGACUCACACAGCCUUGAUGUCACACAGGACGAAUACGACUUGUUUCUGUAGUCUGUCUGUAGCGACUCACACAUGCAGCCUUGAUGUCACACAGAACGAAUACGACUUGUUUCUGUACGGUCUGUCUGUAGCGACUCACACAUGCAGCCUUGAUGUCGCACAGGACGAAUACGACUUGUUUCUGUAGUCACUGCGCUGGUGGAGAAUUCUAUAGGAGUGCUGUACGAGUUGCUUUCGUUCUCCUCCUGAGUCCAUCGCUCUGACCAGAUGUCCGAUGUGAAUUUGAUCAGCUGUGCUCUACUAUCCAAGCUCAUCCCAUUACACACCGGCUGAAAUAAUCGCAAUAAAUUGGCUGGAAUCAUGACAAACUUUCUAGAAUUAUGAUAGACCUGUUGGAAUUAUGAUAAACCUGCUGGAAUUGGAUAAACCAGGAUAAAUCUAACAUUACAGUUUGGAUAAUCUAUCAUCUAAGGACACUGAGUUGAAUUCUGUCCGUCCUUGUCAUUAGACGAUGGGCUUCAUCCAACAAUUCAUGUAACGUCAUGCUGCUGCCGCUCGUCCAGAGACGGAGGAGUGAGCGCGUGCUAGUUAGUAUACGUUGCUCUCACCCGUUUUUUUUGUGAAUUGUCAAGAGUGCUUUUAAAAAGUUCUAACGUAUACCGACGUAGACGUACAUGUAUGAUAACAGUGACAGUGCCCCGCUAAUUUACUGUAAUGCGACUCUUUGCUUUUCGUCUGGUAACGAAAAUUUAAUGAUUGAUUCGAUAUCAGUCUGUUA